CGGAGCCGAGCCCGGGGCGGAGCAGAACGGUCCGGGAUCCGCCUCCGUGCUGCGGGAAGCGAGCUGCCAGCAUGGACCGGAGCCCGGCCAGCUCCAGGUCCCUGUUUUCCUGCAGCAGCUGAUCUGAGGAUGACAGCAGUGUUGAUGUGCCUUCUGCAAAGCAGCCUUGGCCUGGCAAGGCACUGACAGCUGCCACAGAUGAAUGAAGACUUCCCCAGCCUCAGGAGGCCCAGCUGAGCUCUUCCAGAGCUUUCUGAUCCAGCUGAGCCAAGGGUUUUGUAUGGGCAGAGGACGUGAAGCAACAAAUGGUCUCUGUGAGUUGCCAGGAGCUGCCACCCUCCUUGACCAGCUCUUCCCUGCUAGAGAGCUUUGCUGGUGCUCUGCAGUGUGACAUGCCACCAUCCCAUCUGCCAGGGCAUGGCACUGGAAGGGCAUCCAGCCACCAGGAAGGCUCUGACUAUCUCCUUGCAGGCAGCAGUUCCUCUGAAGUCACCCCCCUCCCCUUGUCUAGGGCACAGGGGGAAGACACAACAGCCCAAGUCACUCUCUGUGAGGCUCACCUCAGGCUGCCUGACUUCUGCAGCAGCCUCUCCCAGGACUUCAUUCCCACCCUAGAGGAGAUUGAGGAGUUCCUAAGGGAGGAAGCUGACUUCCUUAAAGAUGAAGCAAGUGUCCUUCACCCAGCUGGGGAGGAGGAUGAGCUCAAAUCUGAAAUCAGCACUGAACCACAGCCUGUCUCCAGGGUCCUCCAAGAAGAUGUUUCUCAGCCCGGUGGGACAGCUGAUGAUGGCAGUGAGCAGGCAGCAGCCACUGGAAGCAUCCCUCUUGUCCUUCAAAUCCAGCCUCUCCAGGUGGACAGUAGCAACCCAGUGGCACAGAGUGGCCUCAGGGUGACCCAGCUGGUUAUCAGCCUGCAGGGCCAAAACCUGUCCCUUCUCCCUCAGCUCCAGCCCCCUCUGCCCAUCGUGGGCCAAAAGUACAUCAGAAUUGCCCCACUGCCAGUCGCCACCAGACCAGGGGGGCAGGAGGAGGUGCAAGAGGUGGAGGCAAAGCCCAAGCACCGUGAAACUGCCCCGACCCCUCUCCGUGCCCAUCGGUGCCCGCACCCAGGCUGUGGCAAGAUGUACACCAAGAGCUCCCACCUCAAGGCUCACUGCCGGCGGCACACCGGAGAGAAGCCCUACCCCUGCGCCUGGCCCGACUGCGGCUGGAGGUUCUCCCGCUCGGAUGAGCUGUCCCGCCACAAGCGCUCCCACUCCGGUGUCAAGCCCUACCAGUGUGCUGCCUGCCAGAAGAAGUUUGCCCGCAGUGACCACUUGGCCAAGCACAUGAAGAUCCACAGAGCUCAACCUUACAACCAGGGUGGCAGCAGAAGUUAAGUGCUGCUUGCUCACCCUCGCGAGGCUGAGGGCAGGAAGCUCCAAAAUCAGGCGAACCACCGCAAAUUGCACUGUGCUAACCAAGAGGGGAGAUGACUCCAAGGCAUUCCAGGAGAGCCAGGGGGGAAGCUCUGCCCAAGGGUGACCUGAGUCUCUGGUUCUGCUGUCUCUCUCUUAAAUACAGGUGAUGGAAUCAUA